UUGUAGAUUCGAGAGAGGAAGUGAAAAAGAGAUAUCUCCUUUGCGGUAAUGGUUGACGUCGCCGACAAAUUGGGUUACUUCCAGGCGAUUACAGGUCUCGAAGAUCCCGAUUUAUGCACCGAGAUCCUCCAAGCUCAUGGCUGGGACCUCGAACUCGCUAUCUCCUCCUUCACAUCAUCAUCUGACCCUUCGUCUUCCCGCGUCGAUGGCGAUCACAAUCGCGAACCCUUCACUGAAUUCGAAGAUGCCCCUUCUCGCGCAAUCGAAUUUGACGACGGGAGAGCGUUCAGACCUCCGGGAAUCGCCUGGAAGAUCAUCACCUUACCGGUCUCGAUCGUCUCCGGUAGCUUAGGGUUAGCUUCUAGUGCGAUCGGGUUCGGAUUCUGGGUUGCCGGUGGAGCUUUGAGUUAUUCACUUGGCAUGUUAGGGUUUGGAUCAGGUCGUGGUGGGUCUGAGACUGAGUCGUCGUCAUCAUCGGCGGCAGGUGAAGCGAUGGAGUUCAUUGCUUUGUUCGAUAGAGACUAUGGGAGAAACCCUCUAAAGCCUGGUUUUGUAUCAGAAGGUUUCAUGGACGCGCUUCAGCGAUCUAGGAGCGAGUUUAAGCUCUUGUUUGUUUACUUGCACUCUCCCGACCAUCCUGAUACGCCUGCGUUUUGCGAGAGGACGCUUUGCAACGAAGGGGUUGUUGCGUUUUUGAAUGAGAACUUUGUGACUUGGGGAGGUAGUAUACGAUCUAGUGAAGGGUUUAAGAUGAGUAAUAGCUUGAAGGCUUCCAGGUUUCCUUUUUGCGCUGUGGUUAUGCCUGCUGCUAAUCACAGAAUCGCUCUUCUCCAGCAGGUGGAAGGACCAACAACUCCAGAAGAAAUGAUUGCUAUACUGCAAAGAGUUGUAGAAGAUAGUUCAACUGUUCUUGUAACCGCAAGGGUUGAGGCAGAGGAAAGAAGAACCAAUUUGCGCCUGAGAGAGGAACAAGAUGCUGCUUACAGGGCUGCUCUUGAAGCCGAUCAAGCAAGGGAGCGACAGAGACAGGAAGAUCAAGAGCGUAUAGAAAGGGAAGCUGCUGAAGCAGAGAGGAAACGCAAAGAAGAGGAAGAAGCUCGGGAGAGAGCAGAGCGUGAAGCUGCAGAGAGAGAAGCUGCUAGAGUGAGAAUGAGACGAGAGAAAGCUCUUGCUCUUGGAGACGAACCUGAGAAAGGUCCUGAUGUCACACAAGUUUUGGUACGGUUUCCGAAUGGAGAAAGAAAAGGGAGGAGGUUUGAAAGCAACACCAAGAUACAGACAUUGUACGACUACGUUGAUUCACUUGGAGUGCUGGAAACAGAAGAGUAUAGCUUGAUUACAAACUUCCCAAGAACAGUGUACGGAAGAGACAAAGGUUCAAUGUCACUGAAAGAUGCUGGUUUGCAUCCUCAGGCUAGUCUCUUCAUUGAGAUCAACUGAACUUUCAGAUUCUUCUGUCUCUUUCUUCUUUGGCCUCUCUUUUUAAAUAAUUAGUUUGUUUGCUUCAAUGAUCCGAUGGACAAGUUCACAUAUAUAACACACACAUACAUUCAGAAGUUAUGUUACAUAUUGAUAUA